GUCGCGGUUUCCUCCAUCACCCCUCGAGUCCUUCCCGGAGCCAUGGAGUCCAGCCCCACGAUACUAUGGAUCCCCACCACCCUCAUACGAUGAAUCUAUUGCAGAUAUGCCCCCAGACUAUACAUCCACCGAUGCGCUAGCCUAUGCAAAAACGCCUGAUUACUUACCGUUUCCUUCUUUCCGCGCGUCAUCACGUUCUAGUGUUCGAAAUGGUUUGCGCAAACGCAAUAAUUCGUCUCCAACAUCUUCGUUCUUCCUUGAUGUGAAAUCUCCAUAUGUGGACAUCGAUUUUGGCUACAGUGAGACAGGAAUCAAAUCGCACGCGAAGAAGGGCAAGGCCAAGGCAGCGGCUAAGGCUAAACCUGCAGCUGCAGCUACACCAGCAGACGACGGCAAGAAGGAAGAGGAAGCCGCUGGUGGUGGCGAUGGCGGGGGUGACCCGCCUGCAGAUAGCGGGGCUGGAGGCGAUGGUGGCGAUGGUGGCGGGGAUAAGGGGAAGAAGAAGACUAAGAAGGAGAAGGAGGAAGAGGAGCGCUUGAAGAAAGAGGAAGAGGAGCGUUUGAAAAAGGAGGAGGAAGAGCGGCUGGCAAAGGAAGAAGAGGAGCGGGCACAGAAAGAGGAGGAAGAGCGUCUUGCAAAGGAGGCUGAAGAAGUGGCCGAGCGCAAGAAGAAGGAAGAGGAAGAAGCGGCUGCCGCAGCUGCAGCAAAGCCAUCGAUACUAAAAGCUACAGCUGACUUGAGUUGGGGAAAGGAGCCAGCAGCAGAUGACUGGGCCUCGUUUGGUGCGGCCGCUCCCGGCAAGAAGAAGAAGGGCAAAAAGGGGAAGACGGCCGAGCCCGCACCCCCGCCUCCUCCUGAUCCUCCAGCGGAACCGCCGACAACAUUUGACGAUAUUAACCUGGACGAAGGAAGUGCACCAAAGAUUGACAUGAAUUUCAGUGAUACGGGCGCAUCAAAAUCUGGAUUUGGACUUCCCGGGCUUGGCAACUGGACCUCCGGCUGGGGCUCAUCGAACAAAGACGCGAAUGCAGACGGCGACAACCCUUGGGGCUCAGAUAAGAAAAAGAAGGAGGACGGAUUUGAUUUCGAUUUCGACGCGUUCAAGAGUCCUCCAGCCGAGGAGAAACCUGCUGAUGAUGAUGGCUGGGGCGGGUUACUCGCUUCCAAGACCAAGAAGAAGAGUAAGAAAGGGGCUCUGAUUGAUGACAGUGUGCCAGAGGUCCCUCCGCCGCCGCCAGAGCCUGAGAAGAAAGAGGAAGACGAUUCAUGGGGUGCAUUCAGCUUUGGCGCCACCAAGGACAAGAAGAAAAAGAAGAAGGGCGCGAUUGAAGAAGAGCCCCCGGCACCUGAGCCAGAACCGGAACCUGUCGUCGAAGCUGAGCCAUCGCCUGCCAAAGAGGAGGAUCCAUGGGGUGGCGGAUGGGGAGCGGCGGCUGCCGCUGGCACCAAGAAGAAGAAAGGUAAGAAGGGAGCCAAGGAAGAGCCUCCACCUCUCGAGCCGGAACCAGAACCUGAGCCUGUACCUGAACCAGAGCCGGAGCCGGAGCCCCCGAAAGAACCAGAGCCAGUCGUAGAUCCUUACGCAGGACUCAGCAAGUCGCAGGCGAAGAAGCUCAAAGCCAAGUUAGACAAAGAGGCUAAACAGAAAGAGGAGGAAGAUGCCAAGCGCGCAAAAGAGGAGGAGGAAGCUGCUGAGAUCAGGCGACAGGAAGAGGAAGAGGCAGAACGGAUACGCUUAGAAGAGGAGGAAGCCGAGCUGAAGAAGAUGGAGGAAGAGGAAGCCGCCGCCGCUGCUGCUGAAGCCGAGAAGGCUAAGCAGAAAGACGACACCUGGGGCGACUGGGGUGGUGCAGCUCCGACAACUACCAAGAAGAAGAAGAAGGGCAAGAAAGGUGCGGAGGAAGAAAUUCCGCCACCGCCACCUCCCCCUCCUGAGCCUGAAGUUGAGCCUGAGCCCAUCCCGGCUGAGGAUAAACCAGCUGAUCCGUGGGACGAUUGGGGCUCAGCAGCCCCUCCUGUUGUCAAGAAGACGAAGAAGAGCAAGAAGGGUGUGCUUAUCGAACCUGUCGUCGAAGAGCCGCCGCCACCACCACCGGAACCUGAGUCUGAGCCAACACAAGAGGAAGAGAAGGGCUCCGACUGGGGCCUGAGUUCGAUAUGGGGCGGAGGAAAGAAGAAGAAGAAGAGCAGUAAAUCCGUUGAACUGGACUCGCUUCCUGCACCUAGCUCAGAGCCCAUAAUUGAAGAACUCGCUUCCGUUCACCAACCCGAGGACGUCGAAGAGCCCAAGGAAGACGAAUCCGACGACUGGGGCGCGCCAUCCUGGAGCAAGAAGAAAAAUAAAGAUCCGAAGAAGGAUGCGCCUGAAGAGGUCAUUGAGGAUACCAGUACGCCCGUUCAGAAACCCGACGAGGAUGAUCCUUGGGGUAGUGCAGCCUUCAACAUUGGCAAGAAGUCAAAGAAGAGCAAGAAGGGGCUAGUUCCACCGAACGUGCCGACGCCGCCGGGAGAAUUCGAGUCAGAGUUUCCGGCGCCGAAAGAAAUCGAAGCCCCUCCACCAGCCGAAGAUGAAGACAUCUGGGGUGCUCCUGCUACGGUCACCAAGAAGAAGAAGGGCAGGACUGUGGAUAGCCUUCUCAGCAAAUUCGAGCCCCAAAGCUCUCCUCCAAAAUCGACAAAUGACACUUUUAGAGGAAGGAGAGGAAGGAACGAGAAGAGCAGGAGCGUCUGGAGAAGGAGGCUGCUGUGAAAGAGGAGGAAGAGCGUCUGGCUCGCGAAGCUGAAGAAGCUGAGGCAGCACGUAUACUGGCAGAGGAAGAGGAAGAGAAGAAGAGGAAAGAGGAGGAGUCAGCAGCCUCGAAGCUGGCAGGUUGGGGCGCCAGCAUUUGGGGCUCUUCAAAGAAGAAAACAGAAACUCCAAGGGAGAGAAGAGCCCGCGAGAAGAAAGAGGAGGAAGAACGCUUGGCGAAAGAAGCUGCCGAACAAGCAGAGA